AUGACCGAACCCAAAGACUUCUACAUCUUCGGCAGCGGAAUCUCUUUCAGCAUCUCUCCCACAAUCCACAACACAGGGUUCACCCACCACGCCCUCCCCCACACAUACACAAUCCGCGAAUCGGCCAGUAUAGAUGAAGUCGGACGUUUAAUCCACGCACAAUCCUUUGGCGGCGCAAGCGUCACAAUGCCUCAUAAGCUGCAGGUGCAUAAAUUCUGCACCGAGGUGUCUGAAACAGCGAAGGCCAUUGGCGCGAUUAACACGCUUAUCCCCACAGGUCAUGAACAUGGCAAUAGUAGUAUUAUCGGAGAUAAUACGGACUGGUCCGGGCUAUAUGCGAUUAUCAUGAAGUAUACGAAAACUUCACCCGACGGAGAAGGACAGGGGAAAUCGUUAAAGGCUGGCCUUGUCAUCGGCGCGGGCGGUGCAUCGAGGGCAGCACUAUACGCAAUGUUCAAAGCGGGCGUGCAACACAUCUACCUUGUCAACAGGACACAAUCCAUCGCCGAAAAUGUCCGGGACGAUUUCAGGUGUUCGUUCAAUAUAACCGUGAUUCCUGAUCUCUCGGAAUCAUCUCGUCCUGAGUCGCCGGACAUCAUUAUCGCGACUGUUCCUGCUGAAACAACAAGCGAGGAGCAGUUCGGCUCUUUGUUCAAGGAUCGGAGUGAGGGGCUUUGUAUUGACAUGUCGUAUAAGCCAAGGCAGACACCGCUGUUAACUGUCGCGCAGAGGCACUCAGGGUGGGCAACCGUUACCGGGGUGGAGGUUUUGCUCGCGCAGGCGUUUGAUCAGUUUAAACUGUGGACUGGUCUGGAGCCACCCAGGGAGGAGAUGAUCGAGGCUGUGCUGGCGAGGGAGGCAGGUGUUGGAAGGGCGUCUUUGAGUAUGCUUUAG